AUGAAGCUUGACGUGCUGAACCUUGUCCUAACGCUCGCGCUCGCCACGUGCGUCCAAGGCCAGAUGUACUCACAGGCGCUGGCCAUACAAAAGGACAAACUCAACAGUGACGUGUACAGUACCGAGCUCCGUCCCCUCAGGAACCAGUCCAACACCAUGUUCGUCCAAAUCGCCUUUCAGAUCGUCUCCAUCGCCCAGGUGGACGACGUGUCGCAGAGUUUUACCUGUAACGGUUUCAUUUAUUCCUCGUGGGUCGACCAGAUGGUGGCGUGGAACCCAGCUGACUACGGGGGUCACGUGAUGAUCCACCCCCUGCCCGAGGACAUCUGGCGACCCCGGGUCGUCCUGGUCAACACUCUGGGGGAGCGAGACUUGUUUGAUGAUGAUAAAGCCCCUAUGUUUGUGUUCUAUGACGGAUUGACCUAUUGGGUGCCAGGAGGUCUAUUCCCAGCAUCCUGUGCUCUAGACAUGACCAACUAUCCUUUCGAUAAACAGAAAUGUUCUUUACAGCUGCUGGUCGCCAUGACGUUGACCAUACAGGAGAUGUUGUUUGUGGCGAGGGACAGUAAAGCGAUGACCACAUUCUACACGGCCAACGGCGAGUGGGAGCUGGUGGACUCUAGUGUCAGCGUGUUUAACCUCAGCACCUAUGAGAACAUAGCUCUCUCGGCCAUCAAUAUCGAGUUCAGCAUCAAGCGACGUCCUCUAUUCCUGAUAUUCAACGUCGUCCUACCCGUCGUCUUCCUCUCUUUCCUCAACAUCCUCGUCUUCGUCAUCCCGGUGGAGUCGGGCGAGAAGAUUGCCUAUGGAAUAACCGUCCUUCUGGCACUGUCAGUGUUUAUGAGUAUAGUCAGUGCCAUGCUGCCCAGGUCAUCGACCAUGCCCCGAGUGACCGUCUACCUCUUUAUUCUGCUGACCAUUUCUGUCCUCACUGUCGUCGACAGUAUCUUCAUCGUUUACAUCUAUCACAUGGAGGAGAAAGAAGAAAAUCUCCAAAAGGCCAAAGAAAAAUUUCAAAAAGCGUUCACCAAAGUUCAACAUUUCCACUCGACGGUAACGCCGGCAGAAACCAUGGCAACCAAAACAUCACAGAAAAAAGCCCCUGAUACUACUACACCCGAGUCACGCAACAUUGAGAGUGACACAAGCAACCCACCAAUCAACCGCUACAAAAAAAUAGGGAAACACAUUGACCUGGUGUCCUUUAUAGUUUUUUUCUUCGUCUGGCUGGGCGUAACGGUGGUCUACAUGAGUCUUAUUGCUACGUCAUAG